AUCCUUUACUUUUGUUGCUCCUUUUACACGAAUACUUCUGUCACCAGUGCAUUUAUGACACAUGUAUAGACACACACACACAGACACGGAAAGAGAGAGAGAGAGAGAGAGAGAGAGAGAGAGAGAGAGAUGUCACCUGCUCGGCCGCCCACUCAUGCUAUGCUUUUAUUUUGAAACGUAAAUCCCUGGCGUUGGCCUCUCCUGACGCAGCGGGGCAGAUGGACCGGUUGAGCGGAUAAAUCCAGCAGCUACCUGUGAUACAUGCUGCUGUCAUCAGUCUGUCACGUAUGUCUGUCUGUUUGUGGUAUUUAUAUGUAAUGCUCGAAUACUCAAACACUGAUUAUGGAGGUCUCUUAUCCUUCUUUUUUUCCCAACAUUUGUCAAGAGGUCAGGAAGAAACAAUUUAUUAGAAACACGAGUCCUCUCGAGAUAUUUCCUCUUAUGACACACAUGAUUGGCUCAGAGGCGUGAAGAGGAUUGGAAGCAUUGCGAUGCUCCGCCCCGAAAAAUCCACCUGUUGUAUACCUGUUACUGACCACCUGGAGCGGAGAACACUGACGGACUGCCGCCAGGGACAACAGCAGCAUGGGAGGUUUCUACUCAAGUGAAAAGAUGUCAGGCGUUUUCUCAUAUGAGAGUUCAGAAAUCGACUGGUGUGAAGACAACUACAAACACUCUGAACAUGUAGUGGAAUAUUUCAACACUAUGAGCAGCUUUAUUUUCUUCAUUAUAUCUCCCAUCAUGCUCUACCUUCUGCACCCUUAUGCAAAAGAAAGGAAUCUGGCGAUUCACUCAGUCUGGAUCAUGAUGAUAUUUGUAGGGCUAUUCUCUGCAUACUUCCACAUGACACUUAGUUUCGUUGGCCAGAUGUUGGAUGAGCUGUCUAUCCUGUGGGUGCUGGCGGUGGGAUAUGCUGUUUGGUUUCCACGCCGACUCUUUCCUUCUUUUAUAAAAGACAGGUCCACAUUUUCAAGUCUUGUCGUGGUGAUUGCUGUCAUCUCCACAUUGUCAUCAUUUGUCAAACCUACAGCCAAUGCCUAUGCUUUAAACUUCUUCGGCCUUCAUAUGCUUUACGUUCUGGGCGUUGAAAUGAGAUGCUGUACUGACCAGAAAGCUCUGCGACUUGCCAAGCUGUCAGUGGCUCUGUGGAUACUCGCAAUCACCUGCUGGAUUAGUGACCGUUUUGGCUGCAGCUUCUGGCAGAAACUAAACUUCUGCUACCUGCAUGGUAUCUGGCAUAUUCUGAUUGUGAUAGCUACGGCCUAUGGCAGCACCUUGAUAGCUUACCUGGAUGCCAACUAUGAGAUACCGUACUCGUUGCCUGGCUUGCAGUACUGGCCGAGUGACAAAUGGGCUGUUGGAAUACCUCACAUUGUCCUGAAGGGAACUCCCAAAACACAGAAACGGUGCUGAGAGAUUUAAUGUCAGGUUUAACUUUCUGUUAGUCCAAUUAGUACAGCUUCAAAAUUACUGUUAUCCUAAAUGAAUUAUCUUUAAAUACAUAGAGUAAGACUACACAGCUAAAUCUAAGUUAUGAUCGCUUUCUGAUCCUGUUAAAGGAUUGUUUUACACCAUUGAUGGAUUACCGCAUAGAGGCCUAUAGAUAUAUUAACAUAUAGGCCUCCUGAAUGACAGAAGGAAAAUAAGAUGUAAUUGUGUUUUUUGUAAAUCAAUUGAUCAAUUGAGUGAUUUUCAAGAUAUGAAUGAACAUUUAAUUUCUUACAUGUUUUUCUGUACCUGUUUUUAGCAUAAGAAAUAAUAACUACUGUCAGUCUUCAGUGUGACAGUUUGGUUGAGCGAAGCACUACACUGAAAAAUGUUUACAUCCUGAAGUUUUAAAAUACCUCAACACGUUACGUUACACCCUGCCAUCAGGGCUAGUCUGAGCUGUGUAACCUAAACUGAGUUUUGUUAAAUUUUGAAUUAAUACUAUUUACCUGUGUAGUUAGCUGUAGUGUCUGAUGUUAUUUUAACAUUAGGACAUUUCUAACAUUCCAGUAACACAUAUAUAUUGAUACCACAUAAUUCUCAUGUCUAUUUCUCAGGAAAAGUAGUCAAAUAGUACGACAGACCACAACCAUCACAAGCAAAUCCAAUUCUUCUGUAUGACUGAUUCAUCACUGAACUGUGAAAAAAGAAGCUCUUGGUUUUGGUGAUGUUUUGAGAAUAUUCAGGUAGAUUAUGCCUCCAUUCACAUGAUCCUUCCUGAAAGAUACAAUAGACAUCACAAUAGAUGUUUUACAAAAAGAAACACACACAGGCAUUUUCUGCAAGUCAGUCUCAAUAGUGACCCCCUGUGUUCAAAAGUAACUUGUGCUUUUAGAGUCUGAUCUGAGGAAAAUCUGAAAAUCUAAUCAAUUUUAGCCAUGCUAGCAACAUGACUGUAGGAAUGGCAAUAUCAGUUAGUCAGUCCGCUACUGUGGUCUAGACUGGAAUAUCUCAACAAGUAUCAGAUUAAUUGCCAUCAGUUUCUGUUAAGAUAUUCGUGGUACCCAGAGGAUGAAUCCUAUUGACUUCAUUGAUCCCCUGACUUUUCAAAUAGCGCACAAAGCCAAGGUUUUCACUUCAAAUACAACAUAAAUCUAGCACCACAAUGAGGUUGACAUCUGUGGUUUUUAGUGAAAUAUCUAAACAACUACUGGAUGGAUUGCAAUUAAAUUUUGAUACAGACAUUCAUUUCCCCCUGAAGAUACAUUUUAAUCAUUUUUGGUGAUCCUCCAUCAUCUGUUCAGAAGUUCAAUAUGUUUCUGACUAAAUACCUGACUAACUGAUAACAUUUCCAUUUGCCUAAACAGAUACUAUUAGCAAAUGUUUGCAUGCUUACACACAACUACUGUAUGUUUGCACUGUCACAUUAACAUGCAAACAUUUGCUAAGUAAGUAUCCGUUUGGGCUGUCGGGGAUGUUAUUAGUCAUUAGCAUUUCUCCUCAGGCCUCUAAAAAGUCACAUUCAAAGAAAGUUCAAAUUAAACAUUCUCAAAAGGUAAAGUAAUAGAUCGUGGCCAUAACCUGCAAUAAGGGUUACUAGCCACAUAACUUGAUAACCAGUUCCCUGUAUUUUAUACAUUUAUAGAUAAAGAAAUGUUUCAUGCACAUUAUUCAUCAAAACGUUUGUUUUUUAUUGAAGGCCUUACGAGUCAUUACAUAACUGUAUUUUUGGUUCUCGUGGAAGAAUAGUGAUGAUUUGUAUUGAUAUACUCUAUGUUCUCUUUCAUGAGAUGGAACAUUUACUAUUGACAACAAUAAAGUUCUGCUGU